AUGGCGGACAGGAUCAGCAUGUUACCCGACGAUGUCAUUUGCAACAUUCUCUCUUUUCUCCCGACUCAAGAUGUUGUUUCCACUUCUCUUCUUUCAAAGAGAUGGAAACCACUGUGGCGUUCAGUUCCUAGCCUCUACUUUGACGAUCAAAGCUAUCUCAUCAACAACAAUUCCUAUUCCUAUGUUUGCUUUCAGAAGUUCAUAUGUAACACCAUGCUCGCUAGAAAUGCUAAUGAACCCAUUCAGCUGCCAUCUAAAGUUUCUCUAUUGAAAUUGAGGAGCUGCAUUUUCAGUUGUGAAACUCUGGUUGUUCUCAAGUUGGUGGGGUUGGAUGUGGAUGUGUUUUCUUCUGUUGACCUUCCCAAACUGAAGUCUAUGUAUUUGAAUGAUAUUGGUUUUCCAGAAGAGAAGAAUCUUGUGGAACUUCUUUCUGGGUGUCCAAUUCUUGAGAAUUUGGAAGUGUACUAUUUAUUUUUCAAUGGAGUCUCUUCUACUCCUACUAGUAAUAAGAAUGUUAAAAGAUUAUCUAAGUUGGUCAGGGCAGAUAUAUAUUGCAUUGCUUUCGACAUUCCGCUGAAAGCAAUUUGUAAUGUGGAGUUUCUUCGCAUUGACAAGCUAUUGCUGUACCCUGAUGGCAUUCCAGUUUUUCCUAAUUUAACUCACCUGGAGCUCAAGUUUGGGAGUGAUAUGAACUGGCAUUUGGUACUACGAAUAAUCAAGAAGAGUCCAAAGCUUCAAACUUUUGUCCUUAAUAUGGAGGCAAGUGCUGCUGAUAUGAUUUGGAUUCCCACCUAUGCUGUUCCUAAUUGCCUUUCUUCACUUAGGAUUUGUUCCAUUACAAGUUUUGAAGGCACAGAAAGUGAGCUGCAUUUUGUAAAAUAUAUUUUACAGAAUUCAGGAGUUUUACGGGCGAUGACCAUACGCACUAGGCCUUCCUUAAGAUUAGAGUGGAAAUAUGAAAUGCUUCAAGAAUUGUCCUUAUGCUCAAGGAGUUCUACCAGUUGUGAACUUUCAUUUGAAUAA